UUUCUGUUUCGAUUCUCUUCUUCAGGACUUUCCACACGUAAUCCGCUGGGCUGGGAGCGUCUGUUUGGUCGGGGAGGAGCCACCUUUUGGUCGGUUCUGGUAAGGACAGUCCUCUGGCCCUGUGGGAAACAGAAACGGAAAGCGAAUUCUCUCUUCCACGGAGUAAGACAGUAGCGCUUCAGCAUUGCCAGCGGGUAUUUUGUCGACUUUGCAGGGUUCGGCCUGAAAAUUCAGGCUUCUCGCCCCGCGACUGUCUCGCACCAGCCCUUGUCAGCUAAGAUCUGCAAGCGUGAUUGGAGACUUCCCAGCCCAGAGGUGGAGAGAGAGAGACGGCCGCAGACCCUGAUGUCAACAGGAAGUGAUUAGGCUUGACUGGCGAAUGCAGGCAGCCCCCAGCCCCGCCCGAGCGUGAGAUUACGGGGACAAGCAGAGAGAUGAUACUAAGAAGACAUCUUUUUGGAGAGAUGUAGCCCCCCAGGGUGAAGUGCGCUCUUUCCAGGAUAAACCUGCCCUCCUAUUGUACUGUUUAUUUGGCUUUGACCAAGGCCUGGUGACAGACGCGGAAGGACUUCAACUACCAACUCAGCUUAGAAGGAAGCCAAGACUGAAAGGUUUCUCUCUCCCAGUAUUUUGGAAAUUUUGGCAAUCCAAUGGGACAGCCAGGAUACCCUGGACACCCGGCUUAUCCAGGCAGUAUUUCAACAGGAGACCCCAUGUGGAAAUGCUUCCUUGCUAUUGCUGGCCAGGAUGGUGAAGUGGGUGCUGAAGACCUUCAGAAGUGUUUAACACAGUCUGGAAUUAGUGGAACUUAUUCUCCCUUCAGUUUGGAAACCUGCAGAAUUAUGAUUGCCAUGUUGGAUAGAGAUUACACAGGAAAAAUGGGAUUUAAUGAAUUCAAAGAACUUUGGGCAGCUCUUAACUCCUGGAAGCAAAACUUCGUAACUGUUGAUAAAGACGGAAGUGGCUCAGUAGAGCAUCAUGAACUGAAUCAAGCCAUUGCUGCUAUGGGUUAUAGGUUGAGUCCUCAAACAGUAACUACCAUUGUCAAACGUUACGGCAAGAAUGGCAGAAUCUUCUUUGAUGAUUAUGUUGCCUGCUGUGUGAAGCUUCGAGCAUUGACAGAUUUCUUUAGGAGAAGAGACCACUUGCAACAAGGGGUUGUGAGUUUCGUAUAUGACGAUUUUUUGCAGGGCACAAUGGCAAUUUGAAUGUCUAGAAUUUGAAGGCUGAAGAAAUACUGUGAGUUUCUCUGCUUAGAAGAAAUGAACUGGACUCCUUAGAAUUAAAGCUUCUAAGGCUAUUCCAUAUUCCAUAUAUUGAAUCUCUUCUCUGAGUUUUUACUUUAGCUCACAGUGUAAAGCAAUAAAAGAGAUGUUUUUGUAUUUGGAAUAUUAUUGCUUUUAGUAAGGUUAUAACUUUAGAGAUCUCUGCAUAAUCAACAUAGGUGUAUAAUUAAGUGAUAUAAAUACCUCUUAACUUUAAUUUUCUUUCUUAAUUACAAGAUAGAUAUUAUAUUUUGAAAAGAUAGAUUGUAUAAGAAGCUAAAUGAUGAAAGCCUAAAUAAAACUAAUUUAUACUUACCUGAAGGUUACAAAUUAUAUUUUGAAAAAAUUUGUUUGCAGUUGUUGGUAUUUGAAGGUGAGCCAGAAAGGGAAGCCUAGAUUUUGUGCCAUCUUUAUAGUAGGGCUUUUUAUUUGCUCACAUAAUCAGAAAACAGAAACUUGUCACUCUUUGCCUGUGAAGAAAAUUGUAGUUCCUAAAAUUUUAUCCUGAGUCACAUUUGAUUCAGUUCAGUUCAGUCGCUCAGUUGUGUCCGACUCUUUGUGACCCCAUGAAUCGCAGCACGUCAGGCACAUUAGGUGGACCAUAAAUUAAUCUAUGGUGAAAUAAAAUUCCAGGAGGCAUUGUUUUUCCUUUUUUGAUUUUUUGCAGUAUAUGUUUUUCUUCAGUGUGUUUUUUUGUCUUCUGUGGAACAAAAUUCUUAAUGAACAUAACUUCUUUCUCUGUCUAGAUAACCUAAAAUGGCAUCUUUGUUUAAAUUUAGGUUUUCUGCAAAUGACAUAUUUUUAAUGAAAUGUCAAUAUUUAAGUUUGUUAUUUUAAACUAAAUUGUUUAUACAUACUGCUAUUAGCUAUUUAUAAAAUUUUUAAAAAAUCAAGUAACCUACCACUUUGUUUGAAUGUUUAGAAAUCAUAGGUUUGACUUUCUUGACAGCAUUAGUCUGUGAUUUUGACAUUAGUAAACCCAUAAGUCUUUCUCAGUAAGUGUAAUGUGGGUCCUGAGCAUGGUAGACAGCAUUUCUGAGUGGCAUUACUAUGAAAAUUGAAAGUGGAAUCACCAGGUUCUUAGCAUUUUAAGAUUACUGAUAUAAGUUGUUGUAGUUAAUCAGUCCCUUUCUUGGCAAACACACCUCAGUCUUUCUAAAUGAAGAGUUAGUAAACCACAUACAUUUAUUACACUUUAACUGAAUAUCUUCUAGCUUAAAGGUGAAUACAAAUUAACAUAAUUUUAAUAUGGCUUGUGAUCAAAUUAAUAAUAUAGUUUUACAUGGAAGUUUCAUAAAAAUGGAGGAUGAAUGGUAGUCUCUUGAAAAGAAAAAAACCUUUUAUAAAGAUACAGAAUUGUCGAUCAACUUUCACUUUAAAAAAACCUGGAAAGGAAAUAAUGUAUACCCUUGUUGAUAUUGAUAAUUUUACAUAAUUAGCUGUCAAAUUCAUUUGGCCAGAUUUAUAAAAAUGUGUGAAUAAAUAAUUCAUGUAAUUUUG